GUAAAGCCCUGCCCACAAUGACUACGCUAUUUGUUUUGAAGAACUGUCUGGAUCUCUGAGCGCGCGCAUACAGGGUGUCAGCCGAAACCAAGAGGGAACAACAUCCUCGCCCAACGAAUUAUCCAAAGAUGUUCCUGUAUGUUCUCCUGUCAUGUGUUGGGAUCGUGCAGUGUUUUCCUAAUGGACAGGUCAGCCAAGUAUGUGGAUCUUUGGUACCUAGUCACGGGUCGAGCGCUCAGUCCAUCUCUUCUCCGUACACCGUUACUGCUGACAAGACCACAUUUAAAGACGGAGAUGAAAUCACAGUAUCUUUAAGCUCAAAAUCAGAUUAUUUUGAAGGAUUUAUGUUACAAGCAAAUGAAGUUGGAUCUACUGUUCCCAUUGGCACUUUCAGUGUGCUGAACAGUAGUGCACAGGCCAUCUACUGCAAUACUGAUGCUAAUAGAGCAGUUUCUCAUACAUCAAAUGCUAAAAAGUAUACAAUUCAAGCUAAAUGGACGGCCCCGUCUGCAAAACUCGGCAACAUAGAAUUCAGAGCAACAUUUGUUAAAAGUUUAAAAACCUUUUGGGUUGAUGUUAGGAGCUCUGCUCUUACUUAUACAGGAACAACUUCUGCUACUGUUCCAUCAAACCCUGAUUGUGGGAAAACCAAAGUCUGCUUCAGUCAGCCCAGCAACUGUGACCCAACUACCAGCACAGGCUGUUACUUCAUGGCAGUUCAGGCAUCAUCUAACCUAUCAGAAUUGAUGAUUGAAAUGUCUGGGAAGGCUGAUGGAUAUGUCGCCAUUGGGUUUUCAGAUGACCAGCAAAUGGGCAAUGACGACAUCUACAUCUGUGGUAAGGACAGCAACGGCUUACUCCAAGUGCAACACGCAUUUUCCACAGGAAGAAGUCGUCCAAAUAUUCUCUCACUGGGGAAUGUGACUAAUAUCAAGACAGUGUUGACGAAUGGAAAUAUCAAUUGUUCUUUUACUUCUCGUAAUGCCAUUAGCACAUCAAGAGCAACGUCCACUAGCCAGUACUACCUCAUGAUUGCUUCUGGACCCUCCAGUGGAGGUAACAUCGGUCAGCACACACAAGAAUAUGUCAGUAGCGCCAAGGCUGAUUUACUGAAUCCAUCCCUGGUCCUCACAAGCAAAGUAUUCCCAGCAAUCCUUAAAGCCCACGGUGCCCUGAUGUUAAUCGCCUGGAUGACCACGGGCAGUAUCGGGAUGAUCAUAGCACGCUAUUUAAAGGGAGUUGCCAAGGACCACGGUCUUGGUGGUAAAGAUUUCUGGUUUAUAGCCCACGUGUCUCUGAUGGCCCUGUCAGUCACUGCUACAGCCAUCGCAUUUAUACUGGUGUUUUCUUAUGCUCAGGAUUGGAGUGGGGGAGCUCAUCCUGUCCUGGGCUGUUUGGUGAUGAUCCUCAGUCUUAUUCAGCCCAUAGUCGCUGCUUUCCGCUGUGAGCCGCAGCAUGAGCGGAGGUUUGUUUUCAACUGGGCCCAUUCCGUCAUUGCUUUAGCUAUCAAAGCCCUCGCAGUUGCUGCGAUUUUCACUGGUUUGGCACUGUUUGAACAAUAUAAGGAGGAUGGAUGGAUGUUGAAAGUUAUGGGAGGUUUUAUUACCUGGGAGGCGCUGAUGUACAUUCUUCAAGAUCUUAACUUUCGCGCCAGGAAAAAAGAUUCUGAGAUUUGCAGUUGUGGAUCGAUGAAGCCUGAAACAGUCCUGCUUAUCCUGUUUUUGAUGGGAAACCUGGCCUUCUUGAUAUCACUUCUUGUUGGAAUAGGCAGAUCUUAAGUACAACCAAUAUGCAUCAGCCUUCCUCACUGGUUGGGGCCAUUUUUUGACUGUUUUGUUGUAUGAGUAUGUAUAUGUAUAUGUUUUUUUUUUUUUUUUUAAAUAAUGAGUGCUAAUUUUGAGUUCCAUGUUAUUCCAGAAGUAUCUCUCUACACAUUAUUUUGUUAUUUAUUUAAUUAACAUAAUACAGGCCCAGUUUCACAGACAGAGCUUAGCCUAAGCCAGGAUAUUAGGCCUUAGUUCAAUCAGGACAUUCAAGUAGCUUUUAUAAACGUUCAC